GUUUAAAUGACAUCAUUGAACGGCUCUAUUGUACUAAUAAACAAAUUCAUCAAAUAAUGGAUUUGCUUAAAGCUAUAGGUUGUAUUAUUGUUGCAUUCGGUGGACAUCUUGAAUUAGUUUGGUUCCUUCUUCUUGUCAUGAGCUUGCUUCAAGACGCUAUCAAGGGAGUUCAAAUGUAUUUUGCUUUUCUUAGGUUUGAUUUCUUAUAAGUUCCAUACGUUUUUAUCAUCAUCAAAAGUAGAGUAGGUUGCAAACUUGGUGUCUGCUUAGGAAGUACAAAUUAUGAAUUGUCAACAUUAGCAGCAGCAGUAAUUGCAUCAUAUUCACUACCGCUUUUGUUUUUCCCCUUUCAUUACCAUUCUUUCGAAUUUAAUGUUCCCAUUAACUUUGGUGAUUACUUUCUGAUUCUACUUUUGUUACUCUUGAAGUCACCACAAGAGAAACAUAGCCCUGCGAUUAUGGAUGGAGCAGGGUACCGAGGUACUAACCCUGAACCUAGAAGAAGUAAAUCCAGUAGUCCCAUUUCUUGUUCAAGUGUGUCUGGUGCUCAGCCAAUAGAUGAUGAACUUGAAGACGAGUCUGUGUCUGAGGUGGGAGAUAUUGGGGACCGAGCUCUUCACAGCAACAGGAACAGUCCCAGUCACACCUUCAAUGACUUGUAUGGAGAAGAUGUUUUAUUGCCAUCCUAUGGAUUUUGGUGUCGUGAUAAUACUGCAUCUCGGACUAUCCCCACUGUGCCUUUGUCAGAAGAAUUCAUAUCUCAAACCAUUGAUGUGGUAGUACGCAAUGCAGAUAAAAAACAAGAAAAUACAAAUCAGUUGCCAAAGUGGUUGGAGUAUGGUUCAUGUAUGACACAUUUAGCUGUCUUUGGUAUUCUUGGGGUCUUGACGAGGUAUCUACUGCAAAAACUGUUUGGCCCAGGAGUUUCUGGUGUGACAAGUGACCAAACAAUUCUCUACCUUGAUCUUCCUUCUAAUAUGGUUGGUUCUUUCUUGAUGGGAUGGUGGGGUGUUGUUUUCAAAGCAGAUAUAGCCUAUAUAUCAGAUUUUUUGGCCAUUGGAUUGUCAACUGGUUAUCUAGGAAGUCUUACUACCUUCAGUGGUUGGAACCAGAAAAUGCUUGAACUCAGUGUUCAAGGCCAUUGGCUUUUUGCUCUGCUUGGCUUUUUAAUAGGUUUAUUUCUUGCUGCAUACUCUAUUAUUUUUGGGAUAGAGACAGCUAAGGGUUUCAGGCAGCUUAUUAAAAGGUGUGUAGGGUCUGACAUUGCUAGCUCUAGAAAGACCUGGAGGGUUGGCAGUUACAAGCGUCACUUGGCAGUUUGGACAGUGUUGCUGGUGAUGCUAGGUUGCCUAUGGAGUGUGAGUGGAAUCUUGGUGCAGGAGGAGUUCAGAAGUGACAGCAGUGACACACAUCUAUGGUUGGCCUGCAUCGUUGGACCUGUAGGUGUGUGGAUCAGGUGGUUCUUAGCUCGAUUGAAUGGACGUGGAUUAGGAAAGACACAGUUGUUGAAAUGGGUUCCAUUUGGUACUCUAAUUGCAAAUGUUUCGGCAGCUUGUAUCAUGGCAGCACUUGCUACUAUGAAGAAAGAGGUGAAUACCAAGACUUGCGAUAUCAUUGCAAAUGGACUGCAACUCGGUUUUUUGGGUUGCCUGAGUACUGUGUCUACCUUCAUUUCUGAAUUCAAUGCAAUGAGAGAAAGUAAACACUCUUGGAGAGCAUAUACAUAUGCCAUGGUUACGAUAUGUGCCUCGUUUUGUUUGGGGACCCUAAUAUUUUCAUUACCAGUUUGGGCAAAGGGUUACAGAUAGCACAUUU